AAAAACAACAAAUGUCACAACUAUGACGUUUCACAUGCCCUUCUUCUCGUAAUCCCUGGCUAAAAAAAAUCAACACACAGCAAAAUUCCCGAGACUUUUCCGAAUCUUUAAGGAUAAUAACAAUGUCCCUAAACGAAAGUAACGACGUCUACAGUCCGGACGCGAGCGCCUACAGUCAAACCAACCUGGGAGGGCAGUUUAAACCCUUCGCCUCGCCUUAUUUGAACUUCGACCCGGGGUACAUUCCACAAGCGCAGCCCGAGUUUAUAUUCCUCGACGGGGCCACCAAGCAACGAGGCCGUUUCGAAUUGGCCUUUGGUCAAAUCGGUGGUUCGUGUAUGGUGGGAGCCGCCUUAGGUGGAGCUUCUGGGUUUUAUAAUGGACUGAAAGCCACCACUUUAGCGGGACAAACUGGAAAGCUUAGAAGAACACAGCUAUUAAAUCAUAUUAUGAAAAAGGGUAGCGCCACUGCAAACACUUUUGGGUCUGUAGCAGUUAUUUAUUCGGCUUUUGGGGUGAUUUUGUCGUGGGCCAGGGGUACUGAUGACGAUCUUAACACAGUUGCUGCAGCCACUGCCACUGGGUUACUAUACAAAUCGACUGCUGGUUUAAAAAAAUGUGGGAUGGGUGGUGCUGUAGGCUUAGGUGUGUCUCUAGUCUAUGCCCUAUGGAACAACAAAGACAGAUUGUCCGGUGUGGGGAGAGGAUAUAAUCCAGCGCAAAGGUAAGGGCCGUUAAGAAGAUCAAUUCCCGGGCAAAUAAACUCUCCGCAAAAACUCCCCCCAUUGUAAAUAUUUUACAUGUAAUAUACCUUUGUUCUAGUUAAUUAUUGUACUACUAAAAUAAAUAUUUUUUUUCCUGAAAA